UCAAUCAAGGAGGUUACCAAUAGAUAACCAUGUUCUUCAGGUGUAUUGCUCUCGUCUCAAUUCUGGCCACGGUUGCCGUGUCUGGACGACGAAUCGUUGGAGGUUCAUUUGCCGAAAAGAACCAGUUCCCCCACCAGAUUGCGUUGUUCUACGAUGGUAGAUUCCGGUGUGGAGGUUCCAUCAUCGAUUCACAAUGGAUUCUAACUGCGGCCCACUGCGUGUUGGAUGGAACUGACAAAUUGCUCCCGAGCCUGUUCCAAGUCUACGCUGGAUCCAACGAUUUGACCGAGGGAGGCCAAUACUUUGACGUCGAAGAUACCUUCGCUCAUGAGUCCUAUGGAAACUUUUUGAACGACAUCGCAUUGAUGAAGCUGAAGACGAACAUCACCUUCGAUAACACCAUGACCUCUAUCGAGUUGAACCAUGCAGAGCUUAACGAAUCCUCUGAGGUCAUCAUUUCCGGAUUUGGACGCAUCGUAAAUGGUGGACCGACCUCGGAUCUGCUCAAGUACACCACCAUGACGGUGGAAUCCGAAAAAGUUUGUAAACGCGCUACCAACAUGGACGUAUCGGGUCUCCUGUGCUUCAACAACGAGAUGCUCGAUGGAGCCUGCAAUGGAGACUCCGGUGGUCCAGCCAUUCAGGACGGAAAGGUCGUUGGAGUAGCCAACUUUGUGAUGAACGGAUGCGGAACUUCCGCUCCAGAUGGUUAUGCAAAGGUAGCUCAUUACAUCAGCUGGAUUCAAAGUACUAUCUCCGGCAAUUAAUUGAUGUUGGAAUAAAUGAUUUUUCAAUAAUA